GGAACAGGGAAGCCGAGGGGGAAAGAGACGUUCAGGGUCUCGAGGAAAGCCGAAGAAGACACCCUCACCAUCGGAAUUUCAACGUUUUUAAACAAUGGUAGGAAAUCUGUUUUAAAGACGUUGUAACACUCUGGACAUUUAGCUCUUCGUUGCGUUUCUGUAGUCUUUAUUUUCCUCUGAAUGAGGUGGGAUGGCCGCAGUGCCGACUGGGCCUAGCAGCGCCUUAGCAGAAUCCCCGGCUGAAAUUACUCCCUUCCCCGGGGAUGGGUGCGGUGUACCCGGGGAAGGGGAGCAGCAGGAAUUGCUAACCCCUGCCAAACUACCGGAACAGCACGCCUCGGACAGCAAAGUAGUCAAAAAUACAAACCAGAAGUGCUCGCUUUCCUACUCGGAGUCAACUCAGCACCACCACAAUCGAACAGAAGAGCAGCAAGUCAACGGCGUAACCUCUUCCAUGGAGGACGGCUUUAGCCUCAACCACAUAAACGAAACCCCAGACGAACUGAGACAAUCCCCAGCUCGGUCUGACAGCUGUGCGAGCGAAACAAAAUGCUCUUGCGAGCCUCCCAAACGUGGGCCCUGUGCGAGCUGCUGCCAGCUCCAGUCCAACAACGGCGAGGGCCACGGAGAGACGCGGACUGAGCCAAACUCUGAAGCUUCCCACGGCCCCCGUGCCAUUGCAGCCAGCGACCAGAACACGAAACCCAACAGUACGGGCGGCACGGAACAUCAACACAGACAUUCAGGCGAAAGCCUGGAUAAAGCGGUCCUCCACCAGCAAGGCGGCCCGCAGCAGCAACCCAGCCCCGUAGACGAGUCCUCCUCAUCCGCCGCGGCUCAGCUAGCGAGGUUGGACCUGAACAGCGACGCCGGGGAACACGACGAGACAGAGAUCCACUACGUCCGCUACGAGUCGGAGCUACAGAUGCCCGGGAUCAUGAGACUCAUCACGAAAGACCUGUCGGAGCCCUACUCCAUCUACACCUAUCGGUACUUCAUCCACAACUGGCCUCAACUCUGUUUCCUGGCCGUGGUAGAGGGGGAGUGCGUGGGGGCCAUCGUGUGUAAGCUGGACAUGCAUAAGAAGAUGUUUCGCCGCGGCUACAUUGCUAUGCUAGCGGUGGACUCGAAACACCGCAGGAAAAGCAUUGGUACCAACCUGGUGAAGAAGGCCAUCUAUGCCAUGGUGGAGGGAGACUGUGAUGAGGUUGUCCUGGAGACAGAGAUCACCAAUAAGUCUGCAUUGAAGCUGUAUGAGAAUCUUGGCUUUGUUCGGGACAAGCGCCUCUUCCGUUACUAUCUCAACGGCGUUGACGCCCUCAGGCUCAAACUCUGGCUCCGCUAGACACA